UGGGUGUGGGAGGAGGGAGGCGCGCAACCCAGCAGCAUUAGGGCUGCACGUACACUGCUCUGUGCUGCCCUCCGCCUCUGAUUUGACGCUUUCUCAAAAGGCUGGGCCCAGCAAUUACCAUACGGGGAUCUAUAAAGGCCAGGGCAGCAAGCCUUCCUCCCUUUACCUUCCCCCUACUGCAGGCGUGCGGGUCAGAGGCAGCCCCCAGGAGCAUCGCGGCAGAGACACGAUGGUGAAGGUCGGAAUUAACGGAUUUGGCCGUAUCGGCCGCCUGGUCACCAGAGCUGCCUUCAUCUCUGGCAAAAUCCAGAUUGUAGCAAUCAAUGACCCGUUCAUUGACCUCAACUACAUGGCUUACAUGUUCAAAUACGACUCCACUCAUGGUCGUUUUCAUGGCACUGUCAAGGCUGAACAUGGAAAACUUGUGAUAAAUGGAAACCAAAUUACCAUUUUCCAGGAGCGUGAUCCUGCUAACAUCAAGUGGGGAGAUGCCGGAGCAGAGUAUGUUGUAGAAUCCACUGGAGUCUUCACCACCAUGGAGAAGGCGGGCGCUCACCUGAAGGGUGGCGCUAAGCGUGUCGUCAUCUCUGCCCCCUCAGCCGAUGCACCUAUGUUUGUGAUGGGUGUCAACCAUGAGAAGUAUGACAAGUCUCUGAAAAUUGUCAGCAAUGCUUCCUGCACCACCAACUGCCUGGCUCCUUUGGCCAAGGUCAUCAAUGACAACUAUGGCAUAGUGGAAGGUCUCAUGACCACUGUCCAUGCCAUCACAGCCACACAGAAGACUGUGGAUGGCCCCUCUGGAAAGCUGUGGCGUGAUGGCAGAGGUGCUGCCCAGAACAUCAUCCCAGCAUCUACUGGGGCUGCUAAGGCUGUGGGCAAGGUCAUUCCAGAGCUGAAUGGGAAGCUCACCGGAAUGGCUUUCCGUGUUCCAACUCCCAAUGUCUCUGUCGUGGACCUUACCUGUCGCCUGGAAAAACCAGCCAAGUAUGAUGACAUUAAGAAGGUGGUGAAAAGUGCCUCUGAGGGGCCUAUGAAGGGCAUCCUGGGAUACACAGAGGACCAGGUUGUCUCCUCUGACUUCAAUGGCGAGACCAACUCAUCCAUCUUUGAUGCGGCUGCUGGCAUCGCUCUCAAUGAUCACUUUGUCAAACUGGUCUCCUGGUACGACAAUGAGUUUGGAUACAGCAACCGUGUUGUGGACUUGUUAGUUCACAUGGCAUCUAAGGAGUAAACCAGGUGCAUGGAUCAGCCUGUGCCUGGGGAAUGAGGUGUGGGGGAAAAGGAUCACUGGAGGCCCUUGUUCUUCCCAUCCACUCCUCACCACCACUCAGCUCUGCAGCCUGCAGUGAGAAGCCAGUUCUGUUCCAUCUGUCUUCCCCAUUCCUCUACUUUUGUCUCUGAAGCUUGGGGGAGGUGGAGAGGCUAACAGAAGCUCACCUGUUUCUAUACCACAUUUUCUUAAAUAAAGUAAUAGCUAUCCUAAAA